CUUGGCGUCUCGAUAUCUGGUUGUCCCCUUUAAAUGUUCUCUAAAUAUAACUGGCACACCACAUGAAACUAAAGGCGGCCGUUAUUUUCAUCUUGAAAGUGGCAAAAACGUUUUGUGUGAGUCUGUCAGUUUGUGUGAAGUUUAUGUUUGAUUCGCCGUCAGUCGGAUUUUGACAGUUCGAGGCUUUCUCUUUUUGCUCGCUCCAACAUGGAUGUCGGAGUGACCCCGAGACGGCACAACCCCGUGGACAGCAUCUGCCGCAAGCUGCAGACUAUCCAGCGACGAGAUCAAGAGGUUAACUCGCCCUUUCAGAUCCCUAAGUUCCAGUCCAGCAGCUACGACAGCCCUCAUUCGGGUCUGCGCCUCAACCUGGAGGCCAUCCUGAAGAAGCGUACCGUCCGAACUGACGAAGACUCUGACCGCGAUUCCUCAGCGAGCAUGCUGACCCCCACAGCUUCCCCGGGACCGGGGUCUGCCGCCAACACCCCUCGUGCUCCCAUUACACCUGGCAAUGCCACCUAUACCAUUACCAGCACGCUGAGCACGUUAGGGGAGAGGAGAAAUACAGCAACGUACAGCCGGCCGUUUCGGCGUAACUGCUCCACCCCAGCAGCCCAGACUGGGGACAAUUACUUUAACUUUACCCCACGCUACACCACACAAACCCUGCUGGAGGGGCCCGACACAGAGGUGAAGACCUCGAAAAUCCCAGCUCCUGGCUUGUUCUCGUAUAACUUGAACUUCUCCUCAGAUAUUUCUAACAUGGACAGUGAACUCGUCUACCCGGCCCUCGUGGUUAAGAGACUUUCACUGGGCGAGGGAUCUCUGUUUCCCUCCGAGCCCAAGAAGGAGAGCAUGGCUGAGGUCAGUCUGAUUUGCGAGGAAGACCUGUUGGACACUAUUUUUCAGGCCUGUGACACACAGUGCAGAGGUAAAGUUUAUGUAUCGCACAUUGUGGACUUUUUGAGACACACCACUUGCCGCAGUUCAGAGGACAGUGGCUUAGAGGAACUCUGUAAUAUGCUGGACCCAGAGCACAAGGACAUCUCCAUAGACCUGGACACAUACCAUGCUAUCAUGAAAGAGUGGAUCGAUGAUUGCCGGAACCAGGGGAAGGACUCAAAGAAUGACACCCAACAGGAAUCAUUCAAACUACGGGACAGUUUAUCAGCAAGAAGAUCUGCUCUAUUAAAUAUGACUUCAGGUAGUCUUGAAGCAUUCGGAGGGGAAGCCUCCAGAGCUGACCUGGAGACAUCAGAUCUAGUCUUCUGUGUGGCAGAUCUACAACUAAAUAACCAAAAGCUGCAGGAGGAGGUUCGUAAACUGAAGCAGGCAGUGGAAAGCAUGGAAGACACCAACCAGAAACUCAUUGAGGAAAAUGAAGAGAUCAAAGCACAAGCUAAAAUAGGGCAGCAGUUAUUACAGAAGGAGAAGCUGCUUAAAGAGGAAGUUGAGGAGAUGAAGCUGAGCCUGACCUCUUCAGAAGAGAGUCGAGCUCAGGCUUCGGCUCAAAGAAAGCAGAUGCUGUUGAGAGCAGACAAGAACAAACUGGAGAGUCAAAUGCAGAUGAUGCAGCCUGAUAUGACAAUCCCAGGUCUCUCUCUCUCUGUGGCCUACAGACUAAAUCAAAUGAGUUCAGGUUCUCUUCAGACGGAGUUGGCUCUGGCACAGAAUCCCGUGGAGGGUUUGGAGCAUCUGUCCUCCUCUGUUUGUUUUGCAUCUUCUUUGGAUGAGACUCUAGAUCGUGAGGUUCUUCUGCUUCUCCAAGGCCCGACUCCAGAGCAGCUUUCUCUGGAAUUUAAAACUCUGAUCAGCAGACUGAAAAGGGAGUUUAAGGAAGAUGGCAUCACCUGUCUCACAGCAUUCAGAGGCCUUACAGAGAACAGUGAAACUCAAGAGAUCAAUACCAACUUCAAGAUACAGGGCCUGGAGGUGCAGCUCGAGCAGAGAAGGAGUGACUGGACCCGCAGUCUAGAGCAGUUGGACCAGUACACAGACUCUCUGGAGAGGGAGCUUCUAAAGAUGGCUAGCAACAUGCGACGUUCUCGUACCGAGAUCCUGCACCUGUCUGUCAAGGUACAAGAGCAGGAGAAUCAAAAGCAGCAGUUGCGAGAGGAACUUGACCGACUAAAGGCUCCGCUGGACAACAGAGAGGCCAGCAGCCAAACACCGGAUCACCUACAGCAGGUUGUGGAAGAGCUGGAUGGCCCCUCUCUUGAAUGGGAUGAGGAAUAUGUGUUGUCUGAGUCUCCACCUUUACAAAAGCUCGGGCCUGACCAGGAGAUGCUUCAGGAGCUCUGUUGUGAAGAAGAGGAACUACAGGCCCUGACACAGGAGGAAGAGGAGGAGGUGGAACACAAAGAGACUGUGAGGGACAAGGAGAAGAUCACGGAAAGGACUGAGGGAGAAGGUGAAGCAACACAGAAUUCUGGAUUAGAGAACAAGGAGCUACAGAGAGACUCCACACUCUCUCAGACGCCUCUACCAGACCACACCACUGAUGGAGAAUCACAAGGAAGUCUGUUUGUGGGUAAGGGAGGAAUGCAGAGGCCUUGCACAGCUCUAAAGGAGGAAGACAGACUCCCAGAAUGCACUGGGCCUGAGGACGCCCACGAGCAGGCUGCUCCUCUGCCUCACACCCACAGUCAGUGUGCUGAUGCAUCUUUGAGCUCCGAGAUGCCCGGUGAACAGGUGACCUCAGUCAAACACCUUAUUUCAUCUACUGAACCUUCCUCCCUUGUGAACUCAGAGAUGGUAUCUCCCUCCACGGGCCAGCCUGAAGUUGGUGAUUCCAUUACAGGAAGGACCCAGCAGCCCACUGCCACAAACGGAGGAUCUGAGGGAGAUCGUAUGGCCACCACAGCCGACAUGAGUGACUCGCAGAGACUGAGUGAGGAACAUCUUUCUAAAGUGUCUGCAAAAUCGGACAAGAGUCCCUUGUUGCCAGUAGCAGAGGAAGAGGAGACCAUGCCAGAGGCAGCGGAGGUGAUAUCAACUGGGGUGCACUCACCAGACAAGUCAGACAGCAAGAAGACAGUGGUCACAUCUGAUUCAAACUCCGCAGCCUCAGCUGACUCAUUGAAGGAUCCUUCUGACAAAGCGAAGGACAUGACCUUUGACCCCACUGUCAAUGAGGGUAAUCUUCCAACAGUCCUUGCUGCGCAAGGCUCCAAAAAAGACCCUCUGACUCUGAGGAACAAGCUCAAGAAGGAAAUGAGCAGUAUGGAAGCCAUUGAGGAGCAAAAAGCUCAGGAGGACGGCGAGCCUUCAGUGGCCACAGAAAAAGAAGGUGACACAUCUGCCAUCUCUGAAAAUGCCAGCGAUUCCACCAAAGAUGACAAGAACAGCCUGUUGCCAAGUGACAAAGAGAUAGAGGCGGAGUUCCACCGGCUCUCUCUGGGCUUCAAAUGUGACAUGUUCACCCUGGAGAAGAGGCUACGCCUGGAGGAACGCUCGCGGGACCUGGCUGAGGAGAACGUCCGGAAGGAAGUGAACAGUUGUAAAGGUCUGCUGCAGGCCCUGAUUCCACGAUGUGAGGAAGAUAACCAGUCCAUGGAGAUCAUCCAUCGUCUGCAAAAGAACCUGGAAGUCCUCAUUCAAUCCAUGACCAGAGUGUCCAGCCGUUCAGAGAUGCUUGGGGCCGUUCAUCAGGAGACCAGAGUGGGUAAAACGGUGGAGGUGAUGAUUCAGCAUGUGGAUAACUUGAGGAGGAUGUAUACCAAGGAGCACGCAGAGCUGUUGGAGCUCAGAGAGAACCUCACGCCGAAUGAGAGGUCCUUUGGGUCCCACACUGAGAGGGAUGAUUUCAGAAACAAGAAGCAGUCAACUGCGAACAUUUUCAAAACCACUAGCCGACGCAUCAGUAUAGCUACCAUUCCCCGCAGCAGUGGAGGACAGACCCAUUUUGACAUGCCCAAAGACAUGGCGGAAACUGAGGUAGAGAGACUCUCCCGCCGGUCACCAUGGAACAUGGCAACCAAGAGGCCACCACUAAAGCGCUUCAUUAGCUCUGGUACUUGGGCCGACAUUGACGAGCCCACUCUGAUGAAUAGGUAUGGAUAUGACACAGAUUCUCACUCGGAGGAGGAGCGGAAAGAGGAACCAGAGGAAAGAAGGACUAGCAUGACAGAAUUAGGCAUCAAAAUCACCUCCUUCAUAAUGCCAACUAAGACUCCCAGCCCCAGCCCAACAGAUCACACUCCACCCAGUCUGACGGAUGGGAGGCCUGCAGUUUCCAGAGGCACCAGGGGCAUUUGGAUUUGGGUGGCCUUGCUUGUAGUUCUAGCUGUUCUACUGGCCCUGCUGGCGAGCCUGAUGUUACAGCCUGCAGUAGAUGCAGCACCUGUGGGCACCGGGGACUCCUGGAUGACCAUCCAGCAGCUUCUGUGGCCCUAUACUGGGCUGAGGCACAACGGCCAGCCCCCUGUGUGACACCAGGGGGUCGGCAAGGCUGCAGUGGCAGGUUCUGACAUUCAGAAAAAACUCCGGCUACAAGAGCUGUGAUGCAACACUGCUGCCUGUCCUUCUAACAGAACACUUUGUGACUAUUUCUUACCGAAGGUAAAAAGAAAUGUGGGUGUCUCGAGAGAGAUGUGCUGAAAACUGCAGACUGCUUGGAUGCUGUGUGCACAAACCGUCGGGUUGGCCACGUAUGUAAUAAGCACUUUUUAUGAGAGUCAGUGGCAGCCAAUCACACGGUGGAUAUUUGGAUUGGAGUGAGAUGAGCACACUGCAACAGUGUGAAUGUCAAACAUCAUAUACCGGUUGCCCAAAAAGGCUGCCUUUUUUUAAACAUUUUGAAAUUGAUUAGUGUAUUUUUAUGGGCAGUUUGAAAGAGUAUUGCAAUGAGACCUUUUUAAGGUCUGUAUUUUACAGUUUUAUGCAGUAGAUAUUAUUAAUUGUUACAAACACAUGGUUUUUAUCCUCAUAAAGCUGUUGGUGUGGUGUUCAUUGUAAGAAGUUCAUACACUUUUGUAUGUUCCAAAGAGGGGGAGAGAAACUUUGCACAAUAAAAGAAACUGAUCCAACUCAUGGAUCAACUCAUACA